AUGGCGUUGCAUCAGCUCAGGCGAGAUAUUUGUGCUUUACAGCUUUUUGCCGCCGGAGAUCAUUGUCACCCGCACUGUGGCAGCAAUAUCUGCUGUUCUCCAAGCAUGGCGGGGGCCACCUACACCGAAACCCUCGAAGCCUUCACCAACUUCCUAACCGCCUACAUCCACACCCUGCUCUACCUCCGCUCUCUCUAUCCAAGAACCUCUUUUGUACAUUCGCGGUUCCACAACACCUCCACCUACCAGUCGCGACACCCGCUCGUCUGCGAAUGGAUCCGUGACGCCAUUGACGCCGUGAAGACCGAAUUACUCGAUGGCACAGUGUCGCGCAUCGGCAUUGUAAUCUUCCACUAUGGGAAUGGGAGCAAAACUGAGAGUGCAGGUGGAGAGAGUAAGGGGACGGGCAAUGUGCAGAUCAUGGAGCGGUUCAUGAUCGAUGUAUCUACCUUCCCGAUGGUGAACAAGGAGGAGAGAAACGCGAUUAUAGAGUGGGGAGCAAGACCUUCAUCACAGGCAUCUUUACGCCGCGAAGACAGCGAACCGAACGAGCCCGCCUUCGAUAUUGGCGUCGACACGAAUCUUGCCGAGCAAAUGCGCGGCGCCCUCAUUUCCCUGACCACACGGUGCGCCCAGCUCAAGCCGUUACCGGACAAGUGCUCGUUCAACAUCGCCAUGGAGCUGAAGGACGAAGCAGACAUUGACCCGCCGAUUGAACACCCCCAGGCAUGGAUACCGGUGCAGCCGAGUCUGCAGAAGACGGGGCGGAAGGCUAUGAGGCAUACUGGGGUGGAUGGUGAGGAAGGCGAGGGAUCGACACAGGAGAGCAAGGAGCUGGAGGAUAAGAGGAAUAGAGGCGAAGAUCUGGGAGGAUUGCGAUUCACGCCGAUAAGAACUGUAGAGACAGGGACAUUCAGGUUUGAGACGUGGGUCGAAGAAGGACGUGCGAAAUUCGAAGACCUGGAUGACGAGACGUCAGAGUCCGCAAAGGUAAGCUUUGGAAAGCCGAAAGUCCCAGCCACUUCAAAGGAGAACACAAAAGCUAGCUUCUCGACAAGUUCAGGAGACAGUAUAAUGAAGUAA